GAGCGUGUUAAUAAAAGUGCUGCGUUGUUCAAUUGUCAGAGAAUUUUAUCAUUAACAUAAUAGGGGCUUUGUGCUGUUGCGUGGGGAGAGCGUGAUAUUCGUCCGCGCACUUCCGCGUUGCCGAUUGUGACCUGCAAAUGGAAUCAAUGUUGUUUUUCUAAUUCGUGAAUUCCUCUCUGGCACGUUAUAAAAAAAAAAUGAGGAGCUUGAAGUUAGCCGUGUUUGCUUUGUUCCUGGCAACAAGUGGAUCUACUGGACUGGAAGAUGCGGCCUUUUGGGAUCGCGUCGCCACCCAGGAGCUGCACUCGGCGCUCAGGGUGAGUGUCAACGAGCGGCGGGCGCGAAAUGUGGUGUUGUUUGUCGGCGACGGAAUGGGCCCCAACACCAUCACGGCGGCGCGCAUCUACAAAGGGCAGCUCGCCGGGGAGGGUCGCGACGCAGAAAGAGGUCUGCUCGCCUUCGAGAGGUUCCCACACGUCGCGCUCCUCAAGACAUAUAACACAGACAAGCAAGUGUCCGACUCGGCCAGCACAGCCACGGCUUUAUUUUCAGGCGUAAAAUCAAAUUACAAAACGGUCGGCUUGGACGCGAACGUCAAACUCGGCGACUGCGAAAGCUCCCUCAACAAAUCUUACCGCGCAGAUUCCAUCUUAAAAUGGGCCCAGGAUGCCGGAAAAUUGACCGGUUUUGUGACCAAUACAAGAUUAACCCACGCCACCCCCGCGGCCCUUUACGCGCACAGUGCACACCGAAGCUGGGAGUGCGAGGCAAAAAUGCCGCGAUCGGCCGCGAAAUGCAAAGAUAUUGCUCGACAAAUGGUGGAGGAUGAGCCGGGAAAAUCAAUUAAUGUGAUUUUGGGUGGCGGUCGCCAGUGUUUGGUCAGUAAUGUGACAAUCACCGCCAAAGACCCGAUUGACACCUGGGCUUGUCGCAGAGGGGACCGACUGGACCUGAUCAGGAUGUGGGAGGAGGAGAAAAGGGCCAAGGGAGUCUCACAUUCAGUGGUUUCUAAAAAUAAAGAGUUGACUGAAGUCGAUUUUGAAAAGACGGAUUUUCUGUUGGGAGUUUUUACAAAUGGGUUUUUACAAUACGAGCAUGAGAGGGACGCUGAGAUAAGUCCGUCUUUGGCCGAGAUGACCGUGGCUGCGAUUAAGACACUCAAUAAGGGACCAAAUGGAUUCAUAUUGGUGGUUGAAAGUGGAAUGAUCGAUCAAGCCCACCACAGAGGAACGGCGCGGAAAGCUUUGGACGAAACUGUAGCUUUAGAGAAGGCCGUAGAAGAGGCAUUGAAAUUGGUCGACUUGAACGAAACUCUGGUCAUCGUCACUGCUGAUCACACGCACACAUUAUCUAUUGCAGGAUACCCAGUAAGAGGCACAAGCAUAAUGGGAAUUGCUUAUAAAUCUAAAUCAGACGCUUUAAAUUACACAACUUUGUCGUACGCAACUGGAACGGAAAUAAAGUUUUACCCGUUUAAUGCUACUCAUGUAACAAGACCGGAUCCUUCAACAGAAGAUGUGGAAAGUUUUGAAUAUAAACAACAUUCUGCCAUUUCCACUGACGAAGGUGUUCAUGGAGGUGGAGAAGUGACGGCCUACGCCAUAGGCCCCUGGUCUCAUCUAUUUCAAUCGGUACACGAGCAAAAUUAUGUAGCCCACGUCGUUGGUUUCGCAUCAAAAAUUGGAAAUUAUGAAGUAGCUACUAAUGGCGCUGCAACUAUGGAACUAGUGACAAUGUCCGCUGUACUUAUUUGUCUUCUAUUUAAUUAAGUAAUGUGACACGUGGCUCAAAUUUAAAUGUUGCGGAAUGCGGAACUGUCCUUCGAGCACAUCACUGAAUUUCUCACUCACGGAUCGAUGCUCAUCGCCUGGUCCUCAACGUCCUCCAGGUCAAAGGGCUCAAUCAGCAGGUCAAUGCUGUCAGCUGCAUUAUCUGCAGAAGACGACGCCUCGCCCGAAUCCAAUUGCAGUUUGAUUUCGUUGGCAUCCUCGAUAAAGUCGUGGAUGGCAACGUUGAGCAGGUGCAAACGUUUCCUUCU